AUGCUGUGCACCUUACUCCGCACCACCCGCAUCCCCUUGCGGUGCUUUUCUACAUCUGCAACUCGUCACGAGAUCAAAGACAUCGGAUCUCUACCGGGGCGUCUGCUGCCAAAAUAUCAUGAAUCUUGCGAUGGGGAACUCCUGUCUCUUCAGUGGCACGCACCACCGCGGAACAUUUUCCUAGUGCGCAAAGAUUGCGCGCCAGCAGUCACCGACUCUCUGGUCGAAUUCGUCAGCCAUAUAUCCUCUACAUACCCCUCGAUCUCCGUAAUCCUGGAGUCCAAAACCGCCGCCGAAGUACACUCAUCCCUCCCGUUCCCUGUCUAUGCAGUCCCGCCCGACGAUAAGUCAACUGUCCUCCACGAUAAGGUCGAUCUCACGGUCACGUUAGGUGGGGAUGGCACCAUCCUACACGCAGCGUCGCUUUUUGCGACCUGCUCAAACGUUCCGCCGGUCUUGUCAUUUAGCAUGGGUACGCUGGGCUUCUUGAGCGAAUGGAAGUUCUCGGAGUACAAGCGAGCCUUCCGAGAGGUCUACAUGUCUGGUGCUGGCGCAGGAGACCGCACACCUGUGCUGGAGAAGCCUCCAGCGGCGGAAGGUCCAGAACCCGAGGGCCCAACCGGGUGGUCGUCGGUCCGGGGCAAGUCGAUGGGCUCUACGCGUGGGGCUCGCAUUCUCAUGCGCAAUCGAUUGAAAGUCGGUCUGUUCACGGCAGACGGAAUUGAAACGACACCAAUCCGAACCAAAAGCGACAAGGGUCAGGGGGUGUACGUAAUGAACGAGCUCCUCAUCCACCGCGGCAAGGAGCCGCACCUAGCCGUGGUAGAUGUGUUCGUGGGCGGACGGUUCCUGACUGAGGCCGUGGCCGACGGUAUCAUAAUUUCGACACCGACGGGGAGUACAGCAUACAGUCUCAGCAGCGGGGGUAGCAUUGUACACCCACUGGUGCCCUCCAUUCUGCUAACCCCGAUUUGUGCUCGUAGCCUGAGCUUCCGCCCCCUGGUCCUCCCCUCCAGCACCCCCAUCACAUUGCGGCUGAACGAGAAGAACCGCGGGCGAGAGCUCGAGGUUAGUCUGGACGGAGUUAAUUUAGGCCAAGGGAUGGGAGUUGGCAUGGAGGUCCGAGUGUGGAAUGAGGAGAUGAGGCAUGGUAAGAAUGAGUGGCAAGGCGGUGUUCCCAGCGUCAUGCGGCGCAGUGUGGGCUGUGAGGCACAUGAAGGCUGGGUAGGGGGGCUGAAUGGGCUUUUGAAAUUCAAUCAUCCUUUUGGGGAGCAAUGA